AUUGGGUUCAGUGUUCACUCAGUGUUCAGUCGGCAGUUUGCUCCGGUGAAUGAAUGAACAAACAAGCGAGCACACACGUUGCCGCUCAUCACCUCUCUCUCUCUCCGAUGUAAACACGUGUAUUGUGCAGUUCUUGUUAUCAGUGCUCUUAUCACUACUUGGAAGUUAUCGAUUUUAGUGUUGUUUUUUGAUCUUUGGAGCGUGUUAUCACAUUUAUCGGAAUACUACUGACGGCUAUCAUCUCAAGGUUAUGGUGUUGUUUGGCCACGGAGGCGGCGGCGGAGGAGGAGGCGGUGACGGUGGUGAUGAGGGUGGAGGGGCAGUGCCGCGGUUAUUGCGGGUGUCCCCCCUGAGGCACAGUAUGCGUUUGCCCCCCACCUGCCCACCGCACCUCCACGACGAUCCUGCCUACAACAGCGAUGCUGACUCAACACUUUCUAUGCCCGAUGAUCUGGCCACUCCUGAUAAAAAAGAUUUCGCGGUGUGGAACAAGAGCAUCUCGCAGCGGUGGAGACGGCUGCGACGCCGGUGCUCCUCGUUCACAUCGUCGAGUUCAGCUGCCAGCCGAGCUGGAAGCGGUGCAGCCACAUCCGACCACAAAGAGAACCUGCUUCCGACGUCACCAGCGUCGCCCAGCGUCGUGGUGGCGUGCGAUCGGCGUCGUGAAGCGUCUCCGGACGCCGUGCAGCGUCGGCUGCUGCCAGAUUUCAACUGCAUCCUUAGGGCCAAACUGGGCCGCGUCCAGCGGAAGACUGUCCACGAGCCUGUCUUCUAUGUACCUUCGCCGCUAAACGAUUCGCCCGCCAGUCUGCCAUCUUUCACAUCCAGGGAUAGAGAGAGUCCUUGCUCGUCAGGCCGAGGCUCGGAGACGCCGAGCGAAGAGUGCAGCUCGUCGUCGGGCUCAGGGGUGCAUGCGGAGGGGGAGGAGUGGGACCAGGGCUACCAGAAUUGA